AUGGCCUCAUCACCACCAUCAGACACCAUGUCCGAGACAUGGGACUCCAACGAAGAGUACGGCUCCGACGCAUCGUCCAACGUGGGACCCUUACUCGAGUCCGACAUCGACGAGAAUGAAGUCGUCCUCCACAGGCUAGAGCUCGAGGACCUAAAAGCCAAGAUCCUGCAAGCAAAAGACCGACUCAAAGAGGAGAUCUCCCAUCUCGAGUGGACUAAAUCAGAAACUUCGCGUGCAAAAGGCGGUCUUGCGUACUUCACGCGCCAGCUGACGAAGGUCUCGAUGGAUCUGGGUAGCGUCAGGGCAGAGAUCUGGGUAGCGCGGCAAGAUUACAGCAAAGCCAUGAAGGACCUCGGCCAUGUCCGUGGAGAAGUUCAGGAGGAGAAGGACCUGCUUGAAUAUGUCCGUGCAGAGACUCAAACACGGAGGCAGGAGCUUGGUUACGUGGAUGUGCAGGUCAGGCUGGCGAAGAGUGACCUGUUGCGGGCUGCUACUGAUUGUCCAAGCUGUUCGGUGGCAUUGGUUACCAAGGCGUAUGGUAAAGAGGCAGAGAGUGGGCAACAGCAUCCUCGAUCGACCAGCCAGCUUCAGACGACCACGGUCCAGGACAAUGCAGACCGAGCAUCCGAGGAGCAACCAGUCAGUACCGCCGGAUCGCCCCAGGACAGAACACACGAGCCGAUGCAGCUGGUGCCCGAGGCUGAGAGCCCUGCAGACCGGCGUAGAUAUCAGCACUGGAGAGAUCCUGUCGUUCUAUUUGCCGGACUGUGUGGGGUGUGGCACAUGUAUUGUCUCGUCUAUGCUGGAAGGUGGGCAGAUGGAUUCAUCGCGGCGCUGCUAAUGCUUGGAUACGUCGUGGUGUGA